AUGACACGCAGGGGAAACAGCUCACCUCACGCGCGUCAACCUUUCUCUCCUCUCCACUGUUCUCCCUCAUUUACCGCCCUCUCCUCUCCCUCCGUGUGUCUCCUUUCCCUCCGUGCCUCUCCUUUCACUCUCUCCCCUCCCCCCACGGCAGCGUUGGUGGUGUACGACACGCAGGGGAAGCAGCUCACGCGCAUCAUCCCUCAGAACGAGUUCUUCGGAGCGCUCCCGGACUACGUGGAUCGGAGGGACCCCCUGGAGGCGUCAGUGAUGGGCGACAACAUCGGGGGGCUUACCUGCACGUAUGACCGCAAGGCCCGCCGCUUCUACCUCACCGCAGUCUGGCUCUCGGGGCAGUUCAACAACACGUUUGACAAGGCUGGGCUGACGAGGAGGAGGGGCGACAUCACGGUGGGAGCGGGCCUCAUAGUGGCCGCAUCCACCACCGCCGACCCCACCAAGCCCUUGCCUUGGCAUGCGUUCACCACACAUGCCAACCGUCCUCUCCCGUCCCCGCCUCAUCUCCUCCCAUCCCCUCCCAUCCCCUCCCAUCGCUUCCUUCCCCUCCUGUCUCUCCUCCCUUCCGAUCCGUACACACUUCUCCCGCCCCCUCCCUUCGCCUCGCUUCCCCCCCCUUCCCUGUCUUCCUCUCCCUCCUCACUUCCUGUCUUCCCCUCCCUCCUCACCUCACUUCCCGUCUCCUCCCAUACCAUUUGUGAAAACCCCCCUGUCCUUUUUCCGUCUCCUCCCGUCCCUGUCCGUCCUCUCCCGUCCCCUUCCGUCCACUCACUGACCUUCCCUUACCCUCCCUCUUCCGUCCCCUCCCAUCCUUUCCCUUACCCUCAGGAGUUCCCUUCACCCACCCUCUCGCCCCCUCAUCCCCUCAUCCCCGCGCCCCCCCUCUCCCCCCCUCAUCCCCCAUAUCCAAGGCGCAGCUGGGGCGGGCGGAGAACGCUACCAUUCUUCGAUUCUGCCACAUCCAAGGCCCAGCUGCAGCGGGCAGAGAACGCCAACAUUCUGCGCUUCGUCGUGCCGGCCUCUCCCACCCCCACCAACCCCUCCUGGACCAUUCUCCCUCAGAAGGUUGCAGCAGACGGCUCAUAUGACUACUCCCACGGCGGCACCAUGUACUUUGCCUACACUGGCAGCACCAACCAUGGCGCCCCCAACGAAACCAUCUUGUUUCCCAACGUCACCGCUAUGGGCGCCUUUGCCCUCACCGGCACGAUGGCCCUCGGCACGUCGGACGCAGAGAACCGCGUGGAACCGCACUGUGCCGCGGUGUACACCUCGCCGCACGUCCUCCCGCACGCAGCCACCCAGAAGAAAGGACCCGUGCCGAUAGCCUGGAAGAUGGGAAGCGGCAUUGCACCCAUCGGGCUGGCAGGUGUGGAUGCGAGUGCGGUGGUGGUGGACCCUGCACGGAGGCAGAUGUGGGUGUCGUUUAUGUCUGCAGCUGGCAAGGAGCUCAGUGCCACUGCUGUGGUGGUUCGCCUGCGGCUGUCGCUUCGCCCCCAGCGCAAGUCGCACACGUUCCGCGUGUUUCUGGAGCGGUUCAAAGCGGUGGGCGUGGAGGGAAACAGUCUACUUCAGCCCACCAUGGCGCUCAACAGCCGUGGAGAGGGCAUCCUGGCAGCGUCGCUGGCGGGCCCGAAAUUCUACCCCUCGGCUGCCUACGCGCGCAUCAACGCCAACACUGACGUGGGCAGGGUCGUCGUCGCCGGCCCGGGGAAAGCGCCUCUCGAUGAUUACCUGAGUAAGUCACAGCCUGGCUUGAGGAUGCUCACCCCACCACUGCCUAUCGCAGCAUACCGCUUCAACGUCCCAGUGCUGCUGUAUGGGUUCUUUAUGUCGGCCACGAUAGAUGAGGACGGCAACGCGUGGGCGGCAGUGGAGUAUGUGGGCGGCGUGGAGCGGACGGAUUAUAGCAACUGGGGCACCUAUAUUUUCAAGGUGGAUUUGGGGGAGAAGAAGGGGGGAGGGGGAGUGGAGGGCGGUUAG